UAAACAGCAGAUGCUUAGCACACAUAUUUUUUUAUAUUUGAAAUCAUUUGAUACAUAUCUUCUCUUUUAAUGAAUAAAAAGUUUGGAAAUUUUUAUUUGAAAAAUGUUAUUCACUAAAGUAAAAUAAUUGAAACGCGUCAUUCACCGUGUUGUUUAUCUCCCUUGCUUGGUUACCUCUUUUCAAAAAAGGCGCGUAGUCUGCACAACAACAAUAACAAAUGGCAGACGAGUCGGUCCCGCCCGACAUGAAGUGCAGCCUUAGUCUGUUUUCAACCCACACAUGCGGGUAUUAUCCUGUAUAUAAACAGGAUAAAAGUGUAAGAAAGCUGGCGGAAUGUGACAAAGACAUAACGCGGCAUUUGCAAGAUCUUAGACUGUGUGGAGGUCACCAAACUAUACAUGAACCAGCCGUUGGCAGUGAAGGAGAGUUGAUAGCACUGAGAUGUGGUAUUUUCAGGUUCGACCAAGAAAUGACUGUUUGUCCAUACCACAGAUACAGUCUAGGAAUAAAUUGGAAACCAAGUAAAAAGUGUAUCUUCCCGUUGCAUAAAGGAAAUCAGCAGCCACAAAAAGGAGUGACUCCAUUAAUGAGCAAAACUAUCCUUAACAAGUUUGGAUGUCUUCAACCUGUAGGUUCAGGAAUUUGUAAUGGAUGUAAGAUAAAGUGUAAAGACCUAAUUCCUAAUACGCCAGAAUGUUAUAAUGAGUGCUUUGAUCAAGUUGAUACAGAAGAAAGUACAUAUGCAUCUGGAUACAAAUUGAGAGAACGUCCUAUCCAGCAAUUUGAUGAUAACUACUCUGAUGUGACACAGCAGUCCCAGUCUUUAUCGCAGCCUUUGUCCCAAAUAUCUAAUUGGAGUGAUGAAAUGGAAACCACUUUGGACCAAGCAAAUGCAACAUUGAAAAUACUAAAUUGUAAAUCAAGUCCGUUAAGAGGACAGUUACUUUCUGAUAUAUCUUCCCUGAAGGACAGUACCAUUCGCUAUUAUAAGCGUAAAGCAGAUGAAUCUGUAGAUUCUGUACUUAACAUUAUUGCUCCAGGGCAAUCAAAGGAGUUAAAAAAACUUAUAAUGUCAGAACCAACAAAGCCUCCAACAGAUGAUGAGCUCACUGAUACCAUUUUUAAACUGUAUGAAGAAACAGCAGACAACAAACUUCAAACACAAAUUCUAUCAAUUGUUUCCCAAAAAAUGACAAAAGGUGAAAUUAUGCAGCGUCUGCCUGACAUAACAAAAUAUAAAAUAGACCAAGCAAGACUGCUAUCAAAAUCUGGGUCUGGUUUGGUUAUUGAAGAAAAAGUAAGGAGACCUAGAGAGCGUAUGGAUCAGGAGAAAAUGCAACAUGCUUUAAACUUUUUUUUCGAUCCAUCAUUCGUACAGAUAGUGUCAUAUGGUACCAGAGAAUUGUCAUUUGACACUGGAGAAAAAGUGACAAUUCCAGACGUUGUGAGAACAUCUUGUCAUUCACAAAUUGUGCAAAUGUAUUUUUCUUACUGUAAAGAUCUCAACUUUGAACCCCUUGGAAAGAGCUCACUUUUCAAAAUUCUCACAGCUUGUGCAGCCUCACAAAGAACCAAUCUUCAUGGCCUUGAUAAUAUAGCAGCUGAAGGUGUUGAAGCUUUUCAAUCACUUCAUGAAUUUGUCAACAAUUUGAAAAAAAAAUCUUUUAUUUCUUCCGAUAUUCACACUGAAUUGACCACAACUUUAACCGCAUCCCGUAUUUAUCUUAAGACCGACUUUAAACUUCAUAUCAACCAAUCAAAUAUGUGUGCAGAUCACUGUAUAAACUGGAGUUUAAGUGAUCCAAAGGAUGUACAUUUUCAAAACACUUGUGAUCACAUUCAUUGCUUGCAAUGUGAUAGAUGUCAACUAUUGAAAGAUGUUCAUCUUAAAUUGUGCAACAUUGUUGAUACCAUGAAUGAUGGAGAUGACAAAGAAGAAUUUUCAAAAGUGAUCGAAGAUGCAAUGAUGGUGAUAUUUGAUUGGAAAUCACACAUUGUAAGAACUGUCAACCAAGACCAAUUUAGAUUGGAUACCAUAGAACAUCUUGAAACAGAUAAAGCUUUACUGGUUAUGGAUUGGGCCAUGAAAUUUUUACCCUUGAAAUAUCGUGAGAAACAAACUGACUGGUUUGGUCAAAGAGGGAAGAACUGGCAUGUGAUUGUUUGUAUAUACAGAGAAAAAGAUGGAUCAAUUAAUCAUAGAACUUUCACCCAUGUUUUAGAAUCUGUGAAACAGGAUUGGUUUUGUGUGGCUUCACUUCUUGAAAAUGUUAUAAUGACCAUCAAAGAUCAACUCCCUCAAACUAAGAAGUUAGUUCUGCGAUCAGAUAAUGCAGCAUGCUACCACUGUGGACAUAUCUGGUUAUGCUUACAAGAAAUAAGUAAAAGAACAGGGAUCAAUAUUCAGGGAUAUUGCUAUUCUGAGGCCCAAGCAGGAAAGUCAUAUUGUGAUUCAAAGAUAGCACAUAUGCGCACAAAGAUGAAAAGUUGGGUUGCAAGUGGAAAAAACAUCGUAACAGCAGCUGAUAUGAAAACUGCACUUGACUCUGGAACAGGUGUUGCUGGAUGUCAAGUCUCUGAAUGUGUAAUAGACACCUCAAAACACAAACUGAUAACACACAAGUUGAAAGGAAUAAAUGAUUUUAAUGAGUUGCAAGUUGAAGAAGAUGGUAUACUACUAAGGAAAGCCUACAACAUCGGCAAAGGAAAAUUUAUUCCUAAUGCAUCCUUAGACCAAAUGGGUUUUGGUAAACAGCAGGAAAAUGAAUCAGGAUGUGUGGUAAUAUCAGGAUUCGAUUUACCUGUUAAUAUAACUGGAAAAAUCAAAACACAUAAAACAGUUCCUACAGUUAAUCUCCUUGAAGGACCAGAAACAGAAAUAGAAAAUGAUGAAGACUCAUCAAGAUUAUCCUCUUGUCAUUCAGAAAGUUCUGAUCAAAUGCUGUUCUAUUGCACAGUAGUUGGCUGUGUCAAAAGAUUUGCUACCUUAAAUGGACUUGAAAACCAUCUACUGAUAGGAAAGCAUUUUUUACAAUUGCAACGGGAAACAACCUAUGAUAAAAUCAGACACCAGUGGGCACAGUUGUGCAAUGAAGUGGUCUUUACAACCAAAAAUAAAUCAACAUUAACAGAUGGGACUGAAAAAGAAUUUUCCACAAGUAAUAUGGGAUGGGCUUUAAAGAAAGGCAGGAGAAUAUCAAGAUUUCCUGAAUCUGUUAAAAACUUUCUAUUGGCCAAAUUUGAAGAAGGAAAUAGAACAGGAAAAAAGUGUAACCCAACCUCUGUUGCAGAAGAAAUGAAAAAGAUGAAAAACUCAAAUGGGGAAAAAAUGUUUCCAAUUAAUCAUUGGCUUAAUGCCAGUCAGAUAACCUCUUACUUUUCAAGGUUAUGUAGUAAAGGAACCCCUAAUCCUUUAGUGAAGACUGAACUUGAUGAUGAAGAUCUUCUUGCAGCUCUAAUUGCCAUUGAUGAGGAAACUGUUAUCGCUAAUAUUCAAUAACUAUUUACUCUUUUAUUAUUCUAUACCUGUUAUUGUUGUUUGGCUACAUGUACAGUGUCAUAUAAUUUUGAAUAAUGGGUAACAUUUAAAUUUUUAGUCUAACUAAUAUACAAUUUUGGCAUAAAUUUUAUAAAUAUUUAAAAAACAUAUCCAUUUGUACCAAGAACUAGGAUUUUUUUGUAUGGUGCAAAAUUUCUUUUAACAGUAAUUAUUACUUAUAAGUGAUAUCUUAAAAAAAAAUAAAAAAAAACAUCUUAAGCUUAUUUUAGCAGAUUAUUUUUUUUUGUGUGCAUGUCUUAUAAGUCAUCAUAUUGUGUAUUGGUUAAGCAAUUUACUUAUUCAUGUUAUUAAAACCGGUUUUGGAUCAAGAAAAUUUGUGGAGAAGCUGAAUGACAUUUAGUGUCUUUUAGGAUGUACUUGAAUAAGGUCUAGGAAUUAGUGUCAGAUGUCAAAUAUUUUGCCCCACAACACCUAUUUUUCUUUUCAAAUAAGAUUUCAAUAGCUCAUUAAAUGUCAGUUACCAAAAUAUGGUGGACUUCGGCUGUUGUGUAUUCUUUGGUCGGAUUGUUGUCUCUUUGACACAUUCCUAAUCCCAGUCCGCCUUUCCAGCAAUUUUUAAAAAUCCAAAUAUUUUGAAAAGGAGCUCCAUAACCCAUUAAUAUUUUUGCUUAUUUUGUUUCUUAACUAAUACUUUCCCGAACGAAUAGUAUCAAUUUUAAAUUCUUGAUUUUUUUUAAUUUCACCAAAGUACAUCCUUAAUGGCUUGAAAAACUUUAAAACAUAUUAAAAAGUUUGGGCUAAAUUACAAUCAAAUUGUCCUUCAAUCUGUCCAUUUUUUAAACAAACAUUUUUUGUUAAAUUUUUCUCUGAACCUGUAGAAUUGAAAUAUUUACCCUAAUAUGAGAUCAACUGCACUGUAACAGUAAUGAAUUGUAAUUUUUGUUAUUUUUUUUUUUAACAUUGUGCAUUGGUUUGUUUGUCCGUUCGUUUUUCUGUCUGUCUGUCCUGCUUCAAGUAAAGUUUUUGGUCAAAGUAGUUUUUGAUGAAUUGUAGGUAGUUUUUGAUGAAUUGUAAGGCCUAAAAAAUUGUAACUUAGUACACAUGUUCCCUAUGGUAUGAUCUUACUAAUGUUAUUGCCAAAUUAAAGUAUUGACCCCAAUUUCGCAGUACACUGAGCAUAGAAAAUGAUAGUGUGAGUGGGGUAUCGGUGUACUAUGGACACAUUCUUGUUCAAAACAGUAUAUUAAACGAACAUAAAAACAUUUGUCACAAAUUAUUAAAGUACUAAGCAAUCACUCUUUUGAAUAGAAGCUUAUGAUACAUAUUUGAACAAUGAAAACUAAGCAUUAUUAAAAUAUGUUAAAAUGAUUUUUCUUAUACCAUAUAAUUAAUUUUUUUUUGGACAAUUAAACAUUUGAACAACUUA